CACACACACAUACACGCACACACACAUACACUCACCGGUGCGUGUGUGUCUCCUCCGUAAUGCGAUUACUCUCGUGUCGUGGGGAUUUAAGGGUCAUUUCGGAAAAUCGUUGCCAGCGGCCGUGGAGGUAGAAUAGGACAUCUGGACAACUCUUUUCUUUUUUUAUUUAUUUAUUUAUUUUUUUUUCUUGGACUGAAAUUAGCUGGAGAGUUUGAGCGUAUAAAGCCGCCUAUGGGAGCGUUUACAGAUGUAGCAGGGAGUAACACACACACACACACACACACGCACGCACGCUCGCUCGCCCGAACGCACGCACACACACACACACACAGGCGCGCGCGCGCAGAGGGCGCUAGUGUGUGGCGGAGGAGCAUUUCUCCAUUUCUACAGGAUGUGCUCGCUUCUCAGGCACUUUGACGCCGUGUCCGAGGGGGAUUACCUGCCUUUCCAAACUAGCAUGGUAGGCCGACAGUAACGCUUAGGGAAGAUGUGCCAGCAGUCGUGGCUCUUUAAAUGGCUGAGAAUCGGCAUUGGUGUCCUCUUAGUCACAGCUUCCAGCAAGUCUCAGGACUCAGAUGACUGGCAGUAUGAGGAGUGCAAGCUGUCCAGAACCGGUCCACCAGCCACCAUAGUAGCCAUAGAUGAAGAGAGUCCUAAUGGGACUGUCCUGGUAGAGAACAUGCAAAUCAACGGCCGGGCGGAAGACCCUCACCGAACUAUCUCUUUAUCUCUGAGAGACAACUAUGGCCACUGGGUAAUCCUGGACCCUGUGAAACAACGGCUUUACCUUAACAGCACUGGAAGAGUUCUGGAUCGUGAUCCUCCUUCCUACAUUCAUUCCAUUGUGGUGCAGGUCCAGUGCACCAAUGAGCUGGUUGGUACAGUGAUUCUUCAUGAGGUGCGGAUCGUUGUGAGGGAUCGUAAUGAUAACCCUCCUCGUUUCCAGCAGCCACGGUACUAUGUGGCUAUUAAUGAGCUGACUCCUGUUGGGACCACCAUCUUCUCAGGCUUCAGUGGGAAUAAUGGUGCUGUUGACAUUGAUGAUGGACCAAAUGGACAAAUCGAAUACACCAUUCAGUACAAUCCUUAUGACCCGACUGCUAACAGAACCUUCGACAUUCCUCUCACCCUGUCUGGCUCUGUGGUGCUGAGAGAGAGACUGAACUAUGAAGAGAUCACACGCUACCUGGUUAUCAUCCAGGCCAAUGACCGAGCGCCUGACCCUAAAGAGCGACUGACUGCCACCACAACACUGACAGUGGAUGUGCUAGAUGGAGAUGACCUGGGCCCGAUGUUCCUGCCCUGCAGCCUGGUCGAAAACACCCGUGACUGCAAGCCGCUUACCUACAGAGCCACCGUGCUGGAGCUUGCAGACCCAAGCAAAGUGAACCCAGUGAACGUGACUCCUCCAAUCCAGGCCGUGGAUCAGGACAGGAACAUCCAGCCACCAUCCGAUCGCCCAGGGAUCCUCUACUCCAUCCUCAUCGGCAAGCCUGCAUUCUAUGCUGAAUACUUCUCACUAAACAGCAGCACAGCCGAGCUCAGACUCUUGCAGCCUAUCAGCCGUGAGCAGCACCAACGAUUCGACUUGAUAAUCAAGGCGGAGCAAGACAACGGACAUCCACUCCCAGCCUUCGCCAGUCUCCACAUCGAGGUACUGGAUGAGAAUGACCAGGCGCCUUAUUUCCAGGCAAACACCUACCAAGGCUUCAUCCUUGAAUCAGCUGCAGUUGGCACCACAGUCUCCAGCAACACCAGUCUCUCCUCUCCACUUACCAUCGUUGCUCUGGAUAAUGACACUGAGGAGACCAAAGAUCCCAUGGUGCGAAUCUCCCUGGACAACUACGAAAGCAUCUUUGCGGUGACACCCAGUGGGAUUGCGCGCUACCUGACACUCCUAAAGCCCGUGGACCGUGAAGAGCAGAAGAGUUACAGCUUCACAAUGAUGGCCUCAGAUGGGGUUCACCAGAGCUCACCAGUUGCAGUUAAUAUCACGGUGAUCGAUGCCAAUGACAACACGCCAACCUUCCCCAACGUCUCCUACAGCGUCAGUGUUUACACAGACAUGCAGGCCGGGGAAGUGGUAUUAUGGCUCACAGCUUCCGAUACUGAUGAGGGUCCCAAUGGCCUGAUAAGCUACAGCAUUGUGGCAGGAGCUCGGGGCCACUUCAUCAUCAAUAACCGAACAGGACUGAUCAGCGUGGCACCUGGAGUCAACCUAACCGUGGGCAGCUCUUAUGCCCUCACUGUCAAGGCAACAGAUAAUGCAGCUAUUGACCAGAGAAGGAGCUCCAUCACCACCGUGUACAUUGAGGUGUUGCCCCCGAACAACCAGAGCCCCCCACGCUUCCCCCAGCUCCUCUACAGCCUGGAGAUCAGCGAGGCCAUGAGGAGCGGAGCCACACUCCUCAACCUGCAGGCAACAGACCGAGAAAAAGAUCCCAUUAUGUACAGCAUCCUCAGCGGAGAUCCUGAUAACAUCUUUGAACUCAAUCAAACGUCGGGUCUCUUGCUCCUGGGAAAGAUGCUGGACAGAGAGCGCACGGAUCGCUACACACUGAUCGUUUCUGCCUCCGAUGGCAGACCGGAUGGGACCUCAACUGCCAAGGUUAACAUACUGGUGACUGAUGUGAAUGAUAACGACCCCAUGUUUGAUCCUUUGCUGCCUCAAAAUCUCACCGUUCUGGAAGAGCAGGCAAAUGCUUUUGUUGGUCAAGUAAAGGCCAUUGAUUCUGACCUGGGAGUGAAUGGGCAGGUGCGUUACAGGCUGCUGAGCCAUGCUGACCUCUUCCGGAUCAGCGCCGAUGGAGGCAUCUGGACAGCAGUGGCUCUAGACAGAGAGCAGAGGGAGCAUUAUGAGCUAGUGGUGGAGGCGUGGGAUGCGGCGCCGGACCCCCGCAGAGCCUCCAUCACACUCUCCAUCACAGUGCUGGACAUAAAUGAUAAUAGCCCAGUGUUCUCCCAGCCAUCCUACAGCGUCAUUCUGCCAGAGAACAGCCCACCAGACAUGGCCAUCCUAAACCUUACUGCUCUAGAUGCAGACCUGAACUCGAACAUCACCUACCGUAUCAGGACGACAGAGGCCAGGAAGCUCUUUGAGCUAAACCCUGUUACAGGGGAGCUGAAGGUGCUGUACACACUGGACUUUGAGAAGCUUUCUCCUGAGGAGACAACACACACCUUCGUGGUGGAGGCAGUAGACAGCACUGGCAGCAUGCCACCUGGUUUAGCCACUGUCACAGUCACGAUAACGGACAUGAACGAUUUUUCGCCCGUCUUCAGCCAAACCUUGUAUCAAGGCAUGGUGGCGCCCAAUGCAGUCAAAGGGACCGUCGUGACCACUGUGCAGGCUGAGGACCAGGACACCAAGGGCACAGGAGCCAGUCGAGUGCACUACAAAGUGGACUUGGAGCACUUCCCCUACAGUGCCAGCAUCUUUGAAGUAGUAGAGGAUACAGGAAAUAUUCUCACCAGGGUCAAUCUCAAUGAGGAGCCCAACACCAAAUUCACUCUGGUGAUUAUUGCUUAUGAUGACGGGAAGCCGGUGAAGUCCAAUAAGACCCUGGUGGAAAUUACCGUCCUGCAGCCCUCUGCCAUUCCCAUCUUCACUCAGGAGGAGUACAGGUUCCCACCAAUCAGUGAGAAAGCUCCUGUAGGGAGGGUGGUCGGGGUCAUCCUGGCUUCUGCCAUAAAUCAGAGCAUUGUCUACUCCAUCAUUGAAGGGAAUGAAGGGGGUGAAUUCAGCCUGAACAACCAGACCGGAGUGAUCAGCACAGCUAAGCCCCUGGACUUUGAGAGCAACAACAGCUAUGUGCUGCGUGUGGAGGCUGAUUCCAUGAGAGUGAUCUCAUCCAACCUCCGGGCUCCCGCAAAAAGUAACACAGCCAAGGUGUUCAUCGAGGUGCAAGAUGAAAAUGACCAUUCACCUGUUUUCACUAAACAGCUCUACCUGGCUGGGGUCACAGAGGACGUUAAGACAUUCACAUCUGUCCUGCAGGUUGAGGCUCUGGAUAAAGACACAGGGAAUUAUAGUGCCAUGAAGUACCGCCUUAUCAUCCCUCCCACGGCAGAGGGGAAGGACAGCUUUGUGAUCGAGCCUUACACGGGCAUCAUUAAGACUGCCAUCAUGUACCGCAACAUGCGCCGCACCUACUUCAGAUUCGAAGUCAUCGCCACUGACAACUACGGAGAGGGCCUGAGCAGCAGUGCGCAAGUGGUGGUAUCCGUGGUCAAUCAGCUGGAUAUGCAGGUGGUGGUGUCCAAUGUGCCCCCGACUGUGGUGGAGCAGUACAAGGAGCAGCUGAUUGGUAUCCUGGAGCGUUACGUGCAGGACCAGAUCCCGGGUGCCAAAGUAGUAGUGGAUUCCAUUGGGCCACGGCGGUACGGAGAAACCUACGAACUGGAAGACUACUCUAGCUCAGACCUCAUGGUGUAUGCCAUCGACCCUAUGACCAACAGGGCUAUCUCCAGACAGGAGUUGUUCAAGUUUCUGGAUGGAAAGUUACUGGACAUUAAUAAAGAAUUCCAGCCAUACCUGGGCCGCGGUGGCCGCAUCCUGGAGAUCCGCACACCCGACAUCGUGCAGAGCGUGAAGAAAGCCGUGCAGUCAUUGGGCUACACAGAAGGAGCACUGCUGGCCCUCGCUAUCAUUAUCGUUAUUUUCUGCAUCCCCGCCAUCUUCAUUGUCGUCAUUACAUACCGACAACGACAGGCUGAAUGUGCCAAAACCGCCAGGAUCCAAAUGGCUCUCCCAGCUGGCAAACCUGGAGGCAUUGCUGCUAGCAAUCUGUAUGAGGAGCUAGGCGACAACACCAUGAGAGGGUACGGACAUCAAGAGCAACAGCAGUUGCUUCGGCCCUCUCUCUUGAGACCAGAGGAACUAUCUAUGGAAUCAGGCAUCGACCCAGGGCAAGACUAUUAUACACAGGAUUACUAUAAUUAUGACCACGGAUAUGACUUGCCUCAGUAUGGCAGUCGCAGGAAGCUGAUCUCUCCGGCGGGAACAUAUGAUGAGUACGGCGAGGUGAUUGUCGAGGAUGAUGGCAGCUAUUAUUACAGUCCUCAUGAAUCAGAAGGAGAGUUUGGUAGAAAGAAGAGAAUCAAGUUGGUGGUGGAUCGUGAGUACGAGACCAGUUCAACAGGAGAUGAUAGUGCUCCAGAGUCCCACCGAAACCGGUUGUCCAAUGUAAACAGCCACAGUAACAUCAACGGCAGCGUCUACUUGGCUCAAAAUGGUUCCAUCAUCCGAACACGGCGAGCCACUCACGCCACCAAUAUCAAAUUCAGCUCUCCUGUCCGACUUGGGAAGCAAUUCAAAAAACUGGACAAAUUGGCUGUGACUCAAGAGGAAAGAGUUCCUCUGAACAGCCCUGGUGCCUUGGGCGCCACUGCGGGCGAACAGAACAUUAACACCAGGCCCUCCAGUGGGUCCCUGGCCUCCAGCUCCAUAGGACCAGAAAGCAUAGCUUGCAAAUAUAACGUGGCAACAGCCAGCUCUGAAAUAACACAAAAUGUGGAAGAGCAAGAGUCCACUGUAGACAAUGCAGAGGUGAGGGAAAUGUUAGGUUCACACAGUGAUCGCACACAGUCCGACGAGGAAGAACUGUGGAUGGGGCCUUGGAAUAACCUGCACAUACCAAUGACAAAACUGUGACAUGCCUUGUGAUAUAAUCCCUUACAUGUUCAUUUGUAUUGUCUUAAUAAAGGGGAAAAAUACUGAAUUUGCAGCUUUACAAUGAAAUUGCACUUUUAUUCCAUAUUUGACUUCUUUACUUUUAUUUGCUUUCUGAAAGAUCACCAGUGAGCUUGCUUCUUAACUAUCCAAUUCAUGAACAACCAGCACAAUGGUGUUUCUGGUCUUCACUUGUUCAUUUGAGAGAUUCUUUCAGUUACCAAUACACUGUUGAAUUAAAUGUUUAUUUUGCAUUUUUACAUUUCUGUGACAGAAGCAGGGUUGUCUCAAGUGGUGUACCGGGGCCCAGGGCGAUAUUUUUAUUGCAUGACCCAGGCUGAGGGAAUUGUGUGUUUGUGUGUGUGUGUGUGUGCAUACAAAUAAACUUAACUAGUGCACAAAUUACAGCAUACCAAAUUAAAUACUGCACACUUCAAAAGCUGGCUAUUGAGCUGGAACUUCCACUCCAAUUUAGAGGUGGAAGCAGUGUAAAUGGUGGGCACGUGGCAAAUGUGUGGCUCUCUGUAAUCCAGGCUUAAAUGGUAAAUGACAUUUGGAUAUCUGAUAUUGAUUUGCAAAUAUGCUAUUUGGGUGCAGAAUUGCAAAUUGUAAUUAGAAAUAUUUUUUAAGUGAAAGGCUCGGAAUAACGCAACUAUGAACAUGAGAGUGAAGAUUUGUGUAUACAGCUAGGGUGAAAGAUCCGACACAGGACAUACAGUAUAUUCCCCCAAUAUUUUAAUAACAUUUAUUAGUAGUAGAGUUUAAGCCCUAAAAAGGACCAUACAAUUAAAUGACAAAAUACAAAUAAAAUGUACUUUACUUACAGCAGUGCAGGCUAAAAGGCAGGCAAUUACUGAUAUCACUGUUGUUGUUGUUGUUUUUCUGUGAACAACCUGAUUUAUGAUUAAUAACACAAUAUUUUCUGUUACACACUUUGACAGAUCUGUGUUUAUUAAGUUGCUGCUUUCUGCCACUGCCGCAAUAUUUUCCCUGCCUCCAUCGCUACUCGUCAGAGUGCACUCGUCGUUGUUUUAUUUAGUGUUUGGAAAGGCGCACUCUGAGUUGCAUUAGUGCUUGAUAUUCAAAGACUAAAAAUAGUUUUUUGUAGCUCUUAUGCAUUUACAUCUAUUUCCCACAUUUUAUAGUCAGAUAUAUAGUCAGCAAGGGUCUCUGGGUGACUGCCUCUUUGGCCCACCCUUUGAGACAGCCCUGGGUAGAAGUUUAUAUUUCUGUUUUGAUUUUUUUUUACACAUUUACCAAUGACAGUAACUGGGUUUAUUCAGCAAUGCACUAAUGUAAUGAGUUAAAGGUGCAGUUUGUCAUUGUUAAGUGCUUUUAUACUAAAAAAAAAUACCAUAGAGAAGCAGUGAUUCCGUUUAUUGCCAUGCAAUGGAUCUCACUAGUUUCUUAAUUUCAAGCUUUUGUCCACAUUUCUCUAGCCUCCCAAAACCCUCCAUCCCAGCCUGCACAGUGCCGCAGGGCAACCCAUGAGGCAUAGGUAAUUUCAGCAAAGGGUUUGAGGUCAGUUGGGAUAAAGGGGAUGGUUUAUUUUUAUUGCAAUUCACCUUACAGCCAGCAGAAGGCUCUUAAAUUUACAAACUGUUCCUUUAAUAGUGUAUAAUUGGAUCAUAUAUAAACCUGGAAAUACCUUUAGUCAACCAAUAUUCUGCUCAUUUCCUUCUCGUUUACUAUGACUCCAUUGACAACAAAGCAUUUUCUUUUCCUAAGGUCAGAGAGAACAGCCACAUGAAUAAACAUUCCUGGUCAAAAUUCUGUGAGCUUUUUUUUGGCCUUCAUUCAAACUCAAGAAAAAAACGGAGCAGCUGUGCACUCAAUUGAAGUGCUCCCCAAAGACGCAGGUAGGUAGAAACAGGUCGAAAUAAAGGCCGUAUUUUAAAUUGGAUCAAUUAGACAGUUAUUGUGAUGCGAAGUUUUGAUAUAAUCACCUGCCUAUUAUGAGCAACAGACUGGAAGUUGCCUUGGUGGGUAUCGUCCUCCACACAACACAGUAUUACUCAAAAUACAGGAGGUUUAAAACCACUUUACUAUAGGAUUAUGGUUCUUCAGAUUAUGUGUCAGAAGAAACUCUUAAAUGUUCAAUGUACAGUGUUCUGUGUUCUAUGGAGCGGACAUGGCUCUGAGUAGAA